AUGUCUGACCGUCACAGACGCGAAACACCUCAAUCACCACCGGAGGGGGAGAAGAUGGACCCCAAGGACGAUCUCGGGACGGGGCAAGAGAAAAAUGAUCGAGAUGGUUCGCGUCCUGUUCGUCGAGGAUUCCUAUCCUUUCUGUGUCUGGUCCCGGCUAUUGAAGACCCGCGACAAUAUCCGGCGGCACGCAAGUGGUUCUUAACGGCCAUAGUGGCCGGGGGAGGAUUGGUCGUGCCACUGAGCAGUGGUGUCUUGUUCCGUAGCCUGCCUCAUCAUGAUCGCCGAGGAUCUUCAGUCUCGGUGGUGAACCUGUCGAUUGCCUUUGGCUCUCUCUCUGUCGCCAUCACACCUCUCUGGUGGUCCCACCUGGCCGAACUCCACGGUCGUCGGCUAGUUUACCUGCUCUCCUUCUUCUUUCUUGGCCUUCUCAGCAUCCUGGCGGCAGUCAGCCCCAACAUCGGCAUGUUCGUCGCAAUGCGCCUUCUCAGCGGGGCUGCUAGCGCAUCCCUCCAGGCCGUCAGUGCCGGUACCAUCUCGGAUAUGUUUGACGCGCACGAACGAGGCAAAGCCAUGGGUGUCUUCAUGCUCGGCCCGAUGCUGGGCCCCAUGUUCGCUCCCAUCCUGGGCGGUGCGCUGGUCACCCGGUGGAGCUGGCGCAGCACGCAAUGGUCCACGGUGAUCUAUGGGUGGGCCGUGUUCCUGAUCAUGGUGUUCUUGCUGCCGGAGACGGCAACGAACCUUGACGCGAGACAGCAGAACGAGCGGGCGAAGGUGACCAGACCCGCGAUGCGAGUCGUUAACUUCGUGUUGAAACCCAUCGAGGCGGCUACCUUGCUGCAGUACCCACCCAUCCUCAUCACCGUGUACUACACCAGCGUCGUCUUCGCAACGUACUACCUCAUCUGCGUCUCCAUCGAAGACACCUUCGCCUUGCCGCCGUACUCGUGGAGCUCCGUCAUCGUCGGGGUUGCGUAUCUCCCCGGCGGCCUGGGACUGCUGGUUGGUGCGAUCAUUGGCGGCCGCUGGCAGGACUCUAUCAUGAAACGGACGGCGCGGGAAGCGGGACGCUUCGACGACGAGGGCAAUCUCAUCCUCCACCCGGUUGACCGGCUCGGCGAGAACUGCUUGCUGGCGGGGAUUCUCUUCCCCGGGGCAUUGCUGUGGUGGGGGUGGACGGCGGAAACGCAUGAAUUCUGGCUGGUGCCGUUGAUUGGCAACUUCUUCUACGGCUUCGCGGGAAUGAUCCUCACCAAUGUGACCAUGACGAUGCUGACCGAGUUCACCCCCAAGAGGUCCACCAUGGGCGUUGCAGUGAACAAUCUGCUGCGGAACAGUCUGUCGUGUGUGAGUGCGGUGAUCGCGCAGCCCUUGUUCGAUGCCAUCGGGACGGGCUGGUCCUUUACGGCAGCCUGUCUCUUCUGUCUCCUCAGUGGCAUACCUUUGAUACUGUUACGGAUCAAGCGGGAAGAGUGGAGUGCGAGGAUGAAGGUGGCUCUGGGGGAUAUGCAGUAG